AUGUUUAUAUUUUUUCAAAGGAAUAUAAAAAUAAGUUUAUGGAAAACUUUACCAAUCAGCAAUAUGAAAAAAUUAGAAGAAAAAUUGAGAGUUUCAGGAACAUCGACAUCUCAAUAUUAUUUUUCUUUAUUCUAUCGCACUACUGAAAUUUUACCAGCUGCAGUCAGACAGUGGUAUACCUCACUUCCGCGAUCAGCUGCUGUGCCUUUUAGGAAGUCAGCCGAUUUUUUUUUAAAUCUUAGUAAAUUUAUCUUUCGACCAUUUCUAGUUAGUCUGGCUUUUCUUGGCGGUGCAAGACAGAUUCAUGCGGAGUAUGAACUGGAUGAUGUAAAAAUGCGGUUAAAAAUAGAAUUUCCUAGUGAUUACCCUCUUAGUGUGCCCAGAAUUGAUUGUGAAAAUGUUAUCGAUCGUCGUGAUACCAAAAGAAAAUGGCUUAUGCAGUUGACAAUUUUUUUAUCGCACCAAAAUGGUACGAUUGCGGAGGCUCUAAAAAUGUGGCUAAUUAAUAUUGAGAAACGUCUAGCGGGCGUUGAAGAUUGUAUGAUAUGUAUGGUAACUAUACAUGCUGCGACUUAUGAAUUGCCUCGCGUUCGUUGUAAGCAGUGCAAAAAACGGUUCCAUUACAGCUGUAUACAUAAAUGGUUCGAUACGAGUGGCCGAACUAGCUGUCCUCUUUGUCGAGCCGAUUUUAUCACAAAACCGUUUAAUAAAGUAUAUGAAACGUGA